GCGUGGAGUUCAGCCCCGCGCGGGGAGCAGGAACCGGGCGGAGACGCUGUCAGAACCGCGGGGAGGGUACUGGGCGGACCGGAGCUCCAGCCCACAGUUAGAUUAGAGUUUACUUACAGCUCAGAGCUUCAGUUUAUACAGGAUUUAGCUUUAUAGAUCUAUAUAACCUGCAAACCCCAACAUCUAAACAUCUGAACAACACCUGCUUUACCACCUCCUCCACCACCAUGUCUCCAAACCCAGCCUGGGUCAGCCCCUUCCCCAGACCCCGCUGCCUCUCCGCUGCAGCUCCCGCGGGGAAGGCCAAGCUCACCCACCCCGGGAAAGCGAUCCUAGCCGGUGGGAUUGCUGGAGGAAUCGAGAUCUGCAUCACGUUUCCCACAGAGUACGUGAAGACUCAGUUACAGCUGGACGAGAAGGCCAACCCCCCACGAUACAAAGGCAUCGGUGACUGUGUGAAGCAGACGGUUCAGAGUCAUGGGGUGAAGGGUUUGUACCGUGGUCUAAGCUCACUGCUGUAUGGCUCCAUCCCUAAAGCAGCAGUACGGUUCGGGGUGUUCGAGUUUCUCAGUAAUAAGAUGAGGGAUGAGUCGGGGAAGCUGGACAGUACGCGGGGGCUGAUCUGUGGGCUGGGAGCGGGCGUGGCCGAGGCUGUGGUGGUGGUGUGUCCUAUGGAGACGAUAAAGGUCAAAUUUAUUCAUGAUCAGACCUCAGCAAACCCAAAGUACCGAGGCUUUUUCCACGGAGUUCGGGAAAUAGUCCGAACACACGGUCUGAGGGGAACGUAUCAGGGAUUAACGGCGACGGUAUUGAAGCAGGGGUCAAACCAGGCCAUCCGGUUCUAUGUGAUGACCUCACUGAGGAACUGGUACAAAGGUGACAAUCCCAACAAGACCAUUAACCCUCUGGUGACGGGAAUGUUUGGAGCUAUAGCCGGAGCUGCCAGUGUGUUUGGAAACACGCCGCUCGACGUGAUUAAGACUAGAAUGCAGGGUCUGGAAGCUCACAAAUAUAAGAGCACAGUGGACUGCGCCCUCAAGAUUAUGAGACACGAAGGACCGGCGGCGUUCUAUAAAGGGACGGUUCCGAGGCUGGGCCGGGUCUGUAUGGACGUGGCCAUCGUGUUCGUGAUCUACGAGGAGGUGGUGAAGGUUCUGAAUAUGGUGUGGAAGACGGAUUAACGCGGACGGCGCGGCGUGAUGCGGACGCAGCUUGUUGGUGAACCUGGCACGUGGCACACGCGGCGCCGCGCCGUCAGGCGGCCAGAUAUGUGCUUGAGGCAGUGCAUGUGCUCACAAGCAGCAAAGCAGCGCUGCACCGGAGAUUAACAUAUUAAAACCCCCCGAUCUCACCGAGAGAGCGAGAAAUACUUCACCAGAUAAUGUGAGAAACACAAAAAUAUUUGAAUUGGGUAAACAGAAUCACUUUAUUUUAGUAUGCAAAUCUGUGAAACGCCGGGUAAUUUAAUGGGGAUAUAAAAAAAAAAGCAUAGCUCAUGUUUUUAGCAUGAAAAAAGAUGUAUUCGUAUUAAUAUUUUUUUCUUUAUAGUUUUAUUUAUAGGAUUUUUUAAUUUCUUUAAAAUUGCAUUCCAUUAUUUUCUAAUUUGUGAAAGGUAAUGACACUAAAAUAUACACAUCAUUCCUGUACACCAGUCGGCCAUAACAUUAUCACCACUUUUUUCCAUAUAGGACCCUCUGUAGUUCUUUAAUUACAGAUUGUAGUCCUGAGUAUUGAAGAAUAGGGUGAAAAUAAUAAGAAAAACAAUAAUAAAAUAUACAGAGAAGCAGAUACAGAACUGCAGUCUGUAAUUAUAGAACCAGUUAUCUAUUUUAUAUAUUAGUGAAGCUAAUAAUUUAUUAGUAUAUAACAGUGACUGUGGUCAUAAUGUUAUGGCUGAUUAGUGUAUUAAAUUGUUUAAAGUAUGGUAUAUGACCUUACUAAAACUUCAAAGCUUAUUAAAUACAAAUUAUCUAUUUCAGUAGUAUUUCAGUGGAGUUACAUGUUAAGCUCGUUUACUUCAGACUUUUCUAGUCUGAUUUUUUGCCUCUUAAAGUGAUUACUUGAUUAUUUUGCUAAUUUUUGUUUGAUUAGAGUUUGAUCUGUUUUGUUAUUUUUUAAGGUAAAAUCUGUAGGGCUCAGAUCCAAAGACAUCCAAGCAAAGGUGGCAAAUCCUGGUCCAGGAGUUAAAAUCCACCCCAGGUUUUUAAACCAACUGUCUGGAUGCCUUCUUUAAUUCUUUGGAAAAUGCUUCUUGUUAAUAAAUCUUAUAUCAUUUGAAAAUUUUAAAGAAAAAUUAACGGGAUUUCCAACGGUAUAAGAUUUAUUACUAAGAAACCCCUGGAUUUUAGUUAAAACAGAGCUUUACAGGCAGUUAAAACUAAAUUAUGGGGUGGAUUUAUUUAUUUUUCCUUGAUCUGGAUCUGGAUUUUAACUGUAGCAUAGCCAUCCAGACAGUUGCAGUAAAAGCCUUAACUGGAUUUUUAAAAAAUCUGGACCUGGAUUUUAAGUUUAGCGAGCCUUUCUAGGCAGUUGGAACCAAAUUCUGGACUGAAUUUGAACAUCCUGGUUCUGAGCUGUGGAAGGGCCAUCCAGACAGAUGCUGUAAAAGCCUGGACUGGAUUUGAAUAUUCUAGACCUGAUUCUGAGCUGGGGAAUAGCCAUUCAGACAGUUUCUGUAAAAGCCAGGGGUGGAUUUUCAUUCUUUGGACCUGGAUUCUAAGUCUAGCAGAGGUUUCCAGGCAGUUGGAACCAAAUCCUGGACCUGGAUCUGGAGCUGAGCUGUAGCAGGUCCAUCCAGACAGUUGCUACCAAAUCCUGGAAUUUGGAUCUUUUUUGGACCAGGAUUUGCCACCUUUGCCCCCAAGACACCCAUUUAACCAUCUUAAAAACAGCACCAAAGCCUUUAACUCUUAGAAACACAGUAUACUCAGUACCUCUGGUGAAAACAUGCACUUUUAAACCUUAACUGACGUGGUACCGAUUUACGAAACGUGACGAGACGACUUCAAGUGCCUAGACUCAGUAUUUACUAGUGCUCAUUGUUAGCAUGUAGCUUAUUGCCUAAAACUCUGCCAUGAAUUUGCCAACGACGCCCUCUUGCACUAAUAUGGCUUUACCCAAGCAGUGCUGAUGAUGUCUGAUAAUGAAGACGACGGUGUGUAUCGAUAAAGAUUGUACCUUUAAUAACGACCAAAACACGGUGUGGAGGACUGCUGACAGGACACAUGAAUGAGCUUGGGAUUGCUUUUAAUUCAUACUGGCUUUUUUAGUCGAGCUGCGUAAUGUAUUUAUUAAUGCUAAAACAUUCCUGUCAUGAUAACUGAUUUUUAUUGGAUGAUAUAUAGACACAAAAGUUGUGUAUUGUGAUAAUGAAUAUUAUUGUCAUUUUUAAUAAUAACAUCACAGAACUAUUCUCAGUGCAGCAGUGAGACUGAGGUGUUUAAAAACUCCAGCAGCACUGCUGCCGUAUCUGAUCCACUCACUUUACCAGCACAACACACACUAACACCUCGUACAUGCUAGGUCUGUGUGUAAUAGCAUAAUAAUUCAAUUACACCCCUUCAAAAAGCAACAAGCUUUGGAUAUUAAAAUCAGAAUUUACAAAAUGUUUAAAGUAUCCUAAAUAAAAUAAAACAUAAAUAAAAUAAAAGCACUGUUUUAAAACAUUAAGCAAACAAAUGAUUCAUAUUUGUAUAUGAAUCCCACAGUAGGAAAUGUACAUUAUUUUUAAUUAUUGUUAUAAUUAUAUUAGCAGUAUACAGUUAUUUUACAAUGACAAUAAUAUUGUUUAUCUCAAUAAAAUAAUUAUGACAGUAUUUUUUGUCCAUUAUAAAACAGUUAUCAUGACAGACCUAGUGCUAAAUUAGUGCUGAUUUCCCAGAAUGCCCAGAAUACGUGGUGUGAGAAGCUGUUUUUGGGUUAGAAAUGGCCUUAAGUUGUGUUUUGCUGCUUUUUAUUAUUAAUGCUAUAUAUUUCAGAGCCGCUGGUUUAUCUCUUCUCCUACCUCAACAAGUCCCAUUAAUACUGGUACACCACGCGCUCAGAAAUGAGGGAGAGUAAAGAGCACGAACGCAAGACGUCUGUCUCUCGUGUGAUACACGACGGUGUGUCCCUGAUAUUAUGCUGCAUACUGAUUUAUACAGUUUAUACAGUAGUACAGUAGAUAUUCUAGGGUUUCAGAUUAAAUCAUCAUAUAUUUAGACACAAUUUUAAGGACUGAAUUAAGGACUGACUGAUGGUUUUUGACAAGUCAGAAUUAUCAUUGAAAUACAGCUUUGGAAAAAAAUAAGAGACCACUUAAAAAUGAUGAGAAUAUAAUCAAGAGGAAGAUGGAUGAUCACAAGCCAUCAAACCACCAAACUGAACUGCUUGAAUUUUUACACCAGGAGUAAAGCAGCAUAAAGUUAUCCAAAAGCAGUGUGUAAGACUGGUGGAGGAGAACAUGAUGCCAAGAUGCAUGAAAUUAAAACUGUGAUUAAAAACCAACCAGGGUUAUUCCACCAAAUAUUGAUUAUUUCUGAACUCUUAAAACUUUAUGAAUAUGAACUUGUUUUCUUUGCAUUAUUUGAGGUGCAAAAAUGUCUCAUUUUUUGUAAAUAAAUGCUCUGAAUUACAAUAUUUUUAUUUGUAAUUUGGGAGAAAUGUUUUCUGUAGUUUAUAGAAUAAAACAAUUCAUGUUUUUUUUUGUACUUAAAAAUACACCUAUAAACAGCAAAAUCGGAGAAACUGAUUCAGUCUCUUCAUUUUUUCCAGAGCUGUAUAAACACCUAUUUUAUUGACUUUUUAUUUAACAUGCCAAUUUUAGCCAUCUUUCACUAUUGACCGUCUGCAAAGGCAAAAAAACAGUAAUUUGGUCCCAUAUAUGUAAAAAUUACAUGACUGAAACCCUAGAAUAUAAUAUAAACACCGUGAGAAUUGAUACAAACAGGAAACCAGGAACUUGUAUAUUAAGCUUUACCUAAGAAAUUAACAAAUUGCUUUAUUUUGUUAACAGUUUAUUUUGAUGCAGGAUGUAGAGACGUGAGUAAGUGUGCUACUAAAUGUCACAUCCGUCUAAUACACUAUAUGGACAAAAGUAUUGGAUAGAACUGAUCCGUUACUCUCGUUCAGGAUGUUCUGGUGUUGGUUUCCUCUACGGUAAAUGGUGAGAGCAGACGUAUGGACGUUUAGGUGGGUAUUUUAGAUGGAUGGAUGGAUGGAUGGAUGGAUGGAUGGGGGCAUAGAUAAUUUGGCAAAUGUAGCUGUUCAACCACAGAUGCAGCUCCCCCUCUGUAGAAGGUGGUGGAUGGAGGUUAAAUGAAUAAAACUCCUCAAAACUGAGAUCUUUCUGUGUUGUCAAGCAAAUUCUCCUCUUUUUCUUCUAAUUACUGUGCCACUCUGACUCUAACUGAGCAUAUUCUAUAUUUAUUCGUUUAUUCUGUACGUAUAUUUUCACUGUGGAUGUAAUUUAUAUCAAUGAUCCACUGCUGCACCAGAAGAUCUAACCUAAUGUUAGCCUGCCUGUAUCAAUUUCAAGUAAUUGGUCUAAAAAUCCAAAGAAAAAGUCAAGAAAAGUCUUUUUUUACACUGCAAACAAACUGAACCAUGGUUCAGAAUCUCCUCCUUUCUACAGACCGGGUUUUGUUUCUGACCGUGGCUCACAGCACUGUUCACACUGCGCCAUAAAGUAUAACCUGUAGGUGUCCCAACACAUUUGUCCAUAUAGUGUAUGUCUGGGGAACAACACAUUCUCGUGUUUAUUAGACUAUAAGUGUUUAGUGUGAGAAUAUAAGAGUAUCUGUGCCUAAUUAUUAAUAUAAUAUAUGAUUGUUAAAAAUGUCUAUGCCUUAAAAAAUGUGUUUAAACCAUUCGAUUCAUGUUUAUUCAGUCUGCUCUACUCUCUCUUUCUCUCUCUCUCUCUCUCUCUCUUUUGCCAAACAUAUGUAGUUAUAUAUCUUCUAGAUCUUCUGUAUUUUUUUUUAAAUGCUAUUGAAUGUCGGAUCUGUGCAGCGUUGAAUGAAAUGAAUAGAGUGAAUAGUGAUUCUGAACUGGUGCAGAGAAACCCAUUUACCUGUUGGAGAUUCUGCAGUUCUAGAGCAGGAAGAUCAUCAGACAGUAUGACUUUGGUUGUAAUAAAAAGAGAUUGGACUGAGUAUAUAUAUCUACACUGUUUUGCAUUGCCAUGUUUGUUUUGUAAUCAAACCAUAAAAUGUGCCUUUCUCUUAUGUUCUUAAUGUUUAAUAAAUCAUGGUGGCUGAAGGUGAA